GAACUCCUGAGAUGAUGAAAAUCCACCCAUUCCCUUCCCCGUAUGUCAGUCCAUCGUUGGCGAUCCGAAUGAUCGUCCUAGUUCCCGGUGACAUAGUGCCUUUUGCAGCAGCCAGGCAGUGGACCGGUGCGUCUAUCUCUGCGAGGUAGAAGCUUUUGUCGAUUCUUUGCAACCAGCCUGCAAUGGGCCUGUCCGGCCCUCAACAUGAGACGGAGGACUGGCCUCUUCCACUUUCCCGACGAGAAAGCACAUUGUCCUCAUCCACGCAAUCAUCCGGCCAGAUCAGUCCGGGCACCUCGCCUUUUACCUCGCAUCCCCUCAGCCGGACGGCUUCCUCCAUCGGCUCGCGCUCAAGAGAAGCCUCAUGCUACUCGCUACACGAAGAAGUCGCCCACAUAGCCCUCAACAAUACCGUCACAAUUACUUUUGUGCGCAGCAAUAAGCUAUUCAAGCUCCGCUAUACCUAUAUCGAUGUACGCAAGGAUACCACUGGCAGCCUCAGAUGUCUAGAGCUAGGGGGUGGCCCUGGCCAGCAGACGCCAUUAAUCCACACCUUCAACGAGUCCAAACUUCCUGUUCCACAUCUCGAACACCCGAAACGCCCUAAUGAGCCUUCACUUCGAAUCUCCUUUAUGGAAGAGCAGACUGUACAGUCUGCACAGACCGUGUUUACCACGCAAUUGUCGUAUCAAUUCGAGGAAGAAAGAGACUGUGUUCAUUUUCAGGAAAUCAUUCUAGCAUCGAAAUUGGUUUUUCUUGCUGGCAUCGCAGAGGCCAAAUCGAAAGGGCGUGGAGAGGAGUGUAUCAGUCAGAAUCUUCGCAUCCUCCGCGGGCCCAACGGCAAGCAGGUGAUGCUAUUUUUCGCUAAUUCCCAACGAAAAGAGUUAAAACGAUAUUUGAAAAUACCAAUAAACUGCAUUGACAGUUUUAAGCCCGGCAAGAAGCCCGGGCGGCCUGUGGUACUGCAGCUCCAACCUAAUUUCGAUAUCCUAACUCAAAUGAAAUCACUACAGAUCCAGUUCCUGGACGAUAUAGACCGAAUAGCUUUUUGCCAAUUUCUGACCGAUCACAUCAAUUAAGAUAGAGUCCCUCAUCUAUCGAGUAAAGGAGGCGGGAUGGAUUCUGCCUCGGGAGAAAGACGAAUGACCACCACGUGUGUCCCACUGUAUAAACUCGAUCCUGGGGCGUGCGGGAGUGGGUCGAAGGAUUUGUCUCAUUCGUAUCCAUUUGAUUUUCUUUGUUGAUUUGCCAUGGCAUAGCAUGUCUCAUUUUUAUACCCGUAUCGGCAAUGGUUCAAGACAGCGCGUGUUUCUUUCUUGUAU